UCCUGCCACUAAUAACACGGGUCCACGACAAGAGAAACCGUCCGAAGAUUCGGCGCACGUCGACUACACAAUGAAGCUCUGGGCGCUGCAGCCCAAUCGCCGGGCCAACAGCUUCAACUCCCCCACCGCCGCCCCACUUGACGGCGGCGCCACCCCCUCCGACGGCCCCCUCAUCCGCUCCCCCGCCGCCCUCUUCUGGCUCCUCCUCCACGCCAUCUGCUGCCUCCUCAGCCUCGCCCUCGGCUUCCGCUUCUCCCGCUUCCUCGUCCUCCUCUUCCUCUUCUCCCCCUCCUCCUCCCCCCUUUUUUCUUCCGGCCUCCACCUCCUCCACCGCAGCCCCGACCUUCCCCCCUCCCACUCCCAGCCGCCGCCCCCUAACGCCACCGCCAGCCGCAUCUUCGUCGGUCGCCACGGCAUCCGCGUCCGCCCCUGGCCUCAUCCGGAUCCCGCCGAGGCCAUCCGCGCCCAACGCAUCCUCGACCGCGUCCAGCGCGAGCAGCGCCUCCAGUAUGGCGUCAAGUACCCCCGCCCCCUCCUUAUCGUCACCCCCACCUAUUCCCGCACCUUCCAGGCCCUCCACCUCACCGGCCUCCUUCACUCCCUCCAGCUUAUCCCUCAUCCCCUUACCUGGCUCGUCGUCGAGGCCGCCGUAGGUGGCGCCACCUCCAACGAGACCUCCGCCCUUCUCGCCCGCUCCCACCUCCCCGUCCUCCACCUGCCCUUCCCCGGCCGCGUGCCCCUCCGCUGGUCCGACCGCCACCGCCUCGAGUCCCGAAUGCGCCUCCACGCCCUCAGAGUCAUCAAAGAGCGGCGAUUGGACGGCAUCGUGGUGUUCGCGGACGACAGCAACAUCCACAGCAUGGAGCUGUUCAACGAGAUCCAGAAUGUGAAGUGGGUGGGGGCGGUCUCGGUUGGGAUUCUCGCGCACUCUGGGAAUCCGGAGACGGUGGCCCAGAGGCAGCCGAGCAAGGAGGAGAACUUGCCGCUGCCGGUCCAGGGCCCGGCUUGCAACUCCUCGGACCAAUUGGCCGGCUGGCAUACCUUCAAUCCGCUGCCGUACGCGAAUAAAAGUGCCACCUUUGUGGGCGAUGGAGCGACGGUGCUGCCGCGGAAGCUGGAGUGGGCUGGGUUUGUUCUGAACUCGAGAUUGUUGUGGAAGGAAGCGGAGGGGAAGCCCGAUUGGGUUCGGGAUCUUGAUGAGGUGGGUAGGAGAGAGGAGAUUGAGAGCCCACUGGAUCUGUUGAAGGAUGCAUCGUUUGUUGAGCCUCUUGGGAGAUGUGGGAAGAAGAUUCUGCUCUGGUGGUUGCGUGUCGAAGCCCGUUAUGAUAGCAAGUUUCCCCCUGGAUGGAUAAUAGAUCCACUUUUGAAUAUUACUGUUCCUGCAAAACGAACCCCAUUGCUUGAUGCACCUCCUGAACUUCCAUCUGAUAAGAUGGCUACCAGUCAAGAUCACAUGGAGAAACGUUCUUCAAAGACAGGUAGAUCUUCAAGAUCAACGAACAGCUCUCGCAAUAAAAGGAAGCAAGAAGCACAAGUAGAUGCGCGCACUUCUGACGUAUCUCAGAGGCAAGCAAAAUGAGAGGCCUCACACUCACAGCAUGUCUGUACAGCUAGAGUUCUCAUUUCCCACAAAUACAUGUGCUUGUUGCCAAGUGUUAGAUCCUUUGCAUCUAUGCAUUUAAUUCUUUAUCCUCAACCAGCAUCUGUCUGCAUUAUUUUGGGUAUAGCUUCACCAGAAGAUAAACAUCCUGAGGUUCAGCAUUUCGUAGCUUGUUAUUUCUAUCAGUUGGAGAUGAGAGAACAUAAAUCUUUCAGAAUUUGCUGGAGGUCCAUGGUUCCAGCUGAAGUUGAUAUUGGAAAUUGUUAACAUUUCAACGGGUGCAGUAACUUCUGGAGAUCUAAAUCAAUGAUGCUGAUGCUGCCGGUGGUUUUAAUUCGCUAGUUCUAUUGCGAACUUGUGUUUAAUGUGAACCAAGUUUCAUUUAUGUUGGUGGUUUUUGUUUUUGUUUUUCCUCUUUUUUUUUGGUGGUGGGGGGUCUCAUUCAAAUAUUUUGGUUGUUGCACGUAAAAGUUGUUUCAGAAACAUAAUUGAAAAGUAUAUGCCUGCUAUUGGCUUUUGUUUCACUUUCGAA